UCUUCUGUUUCUGGAACAAUUCUGCUCCUUUUACCGCCGCGGACACAGCGGGAACACCGGCGGGGAAACACCGGCCGACCGGUCGCUGACAGCCGGACAAACACCGACAACACCGACCGAAACUCUACCGGGGACACCUGCUGCUCCACCGGGGACACCUGCCCGCUCUCUGCCCGCUCCACCGGGGACACCUGCCCGCUCUCUGCCCGCUCCACCGGGGACACCUGCCCGCUCUCUGCCCGCUCCACCGGGGGGACAUGCGGACUAAAAGUUGCUGUUUUUAUCAGGAAACUUCCGGAUAAAAAGAGGAUUUGAAUGGACUGAACAGCGCGAGCGUCGUAGACAGGGGAGAUGUCUGUGAACGAGCUGUACACAAAGUUCACUCGGGUCUGGAUCCCAGACCCGGAGGAUGUCUGGAAGGCUGCAGAGAUCGUCAGGGACUACAAGGAAGGAGAACCGGUUCUCCACCUCAAACUGGAGGAUGAGACGCCUCUGGAGUAUCCUGUGGGUCCGAAGAGCAACCCCCUUCCUUUCCUCCGGAACCCCGACAUCCUGGUUGGGGAGAACGACCUCACUGCCCUCAGUUACCUGCAUGAACCUGCAGUCCUGCACAACCUCAGAGUCCGCUUCCUGGAGUCCAACCACAUCUACACCUACUGCGGGAUCGUGCUGGUGGCCAUCAACCCGUACGAGCAGCUGCAGAUCUACGGAGAGGAGGUCAUCAACGCCUACAGCGGUCAAAACAUGGGGGACAUGGACCCCCAUAUAUUUGCUGUGGCUGAAGAGGCGUACAAGCAGAUGGCCAGAGACGAGAGGAAUCAGUCCAUCAUAGUGAGCGGAGAGUCCGGAGCAGGAAAGACGGUUUCUGCAAAGUACGCCAUGCGUUUCUUUGCCACAGUGGGCGGCUCAGCCAACGACACCAAUGUGGAGGAGAAAGUGCUCGCCUCCAGUCCCAUCAUGGAGGCUAUUGGAAACGCCAAAACCACUCGGAACGACAACAGCAGUCGCUUUGGAAAGUACAUUCAGAUCGGAUUCAGCCGGCGUUAUCACAUUAUCGGCGCCAACAUGAGAACGUACCUGCUGGAGAAGUCCCGGGUUGUUUUUCAGGCGGAGGAUGAGAGGAAUUAUCACAUAUUCUACCAGCUGUGUGCCUCUGCCAGUCUACCAGAGUUCAAAGAGCUCAGCCUCACCAGCGCAGAAGAUUUCACCUUCACAUCUUUGGGAGAGAACAUCUUCAUCGAGGGAGUGAACGAUGCUGAAGACUUUAAAAAGACCAGAGAAGCCUUCACACUGCUGGGGAUAAAGGACAGCAGUCAGAGCAGUAUUUUUAAGGUCAUUGCCUCCAUUCUUCAUCUGGGAAACAUCGAGAUCUGCCCGGAGCGAGACGGCGAGUCGUGUCACAUCUCAAGGGAUGACGUCCACCUCAAACACUUCUGCCAGCUGAUGGGUGUUGAGAUGCAGCAGAUGGAGCACUGGCUCUGUCACAGGAAGCUGGUCACUGCGUCCGAGACCUACGUCAAGAACAUGUCCAGCAAGCAGGCAACCAACGCCCGCAACGCGCUCGCCAAACACAUCUACGCACGCAUGUUCGACUGGAUCGUGGAGCACAUCAACAAGGCCCUACAGACCUCGACCAAACAGCACUCCUUCAUCGGAGUGCUGGACAUCUACGGGUUCGAGACGUUUGAGGUGAACAGCUUUGAGCAGUUCUGCAUCAACUACGCCAACGAGAAGCUUCAGCAGCAGUUCAACUCUCACGUGUUCAAGCUGGAGCAGGAGGAGUACAUGAAGGAGCAGAUCCCCUGGACCCUCAUAGACUUCUAUGACAACCAGCCAUGCAUAGACCUGAUCGAGGCUCGACUCGGCAUCCUGGACCUGCUGGAUGAAGAGUGUAAAGUGCCGAAGGGAACAGAUCAGAACUGGGCCCAGAAGCUCUAUAAGCAGAACUCCAGCAGUGCUCACUUCCAGAAACCUCGUAUGUCCAACACCUCCUUCAUCAUCAUACACUUCGCUGACAAGGUGGAGUAUCAGUGUGAAGGCUUUCUGGAGAAGAACAGAGACACUGUCUACGAGGAGCAGAUAAACAUCCUCAAAGCCAGUCAGUUCCAGCUGGUCGCAGACCUGUUUCAUGAGAAGGAAGACGUCACCUCCUCGAAGUCGUCCAAAAUCAACGUGCGAGCGGCGAAGUCGACGCCCAAAGCUCCCAACAAAGACCACAGGAAGACGGUGGGACACCAGUUCCGUGCCUCUCUUCAUCUUCUCAUGGAGACUCUGAAUGCUACUACUCCUCAUUACGUCCGCUGCAUCAAACCCAACGAUGACAAGGAGGCCUUCUCGUUCGACUCAAGGCGAGCGGUGCAGCAGCUCCGAGCCUGUGGGGUCCUGGAGACUAUCCGGAUCAGUGCAGCCGGAUACCCGUCCAGGUGGACGUACCCAGACUUCUUCAGCAGGUAUCGAGUGUUGCUGAAGAAGUCUGACAUGAUGUUGGCAGACAAGAAGUUGGUGUGUAAAAACCUGCUGGAGACUCUGAUCAAGGAGCCGGACAUGUUCCAGUUCGGUAAGACGAAGAUCUUCUUCCGGGCGGGUCAGGUAGCGUACCUGGAGAAGCUGCGGGCGGAUAAGUUUCGCUCGGCCUGUAUCAAGAUCCAGAAGACGGUUCGAGGUUGGUUGCAGAGAGUUCGAUACCGAAAGAUCCGCAAGUCUGCGAUCACCCUGCAGAGAUACGGGCGAGGGUACCUGGCCCGCAGAUACGCCGACUUCCUGCGUCAGACUCGAGCCGCCGUCAUCUGUCAGAAACAGUACCGUAUGGUGAGAGAUCGACGGGCCUAUCUGAGAGUGAGACAGGCUGUUGUCACCAUCCAGGCCUUCACCAGAGGGAUGUUCACCCGUAGGAUUUACCAGGAGUUCCUCCUGCACCACAAGGCCAUGAUCAUCCAGAAGAGUGUCCGCAGCUGGCUGCAGAGGAAGAAGUUCAGACGAGCACGCGACGCCGCCAUCACCAUCCAGUGCGCGUACAGACGCACGCUCGCCAAACGACAGCUGAAGCAACUGAAGAUCGAAGCUCGCUCUGCCGAACGCCUGAAGAAGCUCAACACAGGGAUGGAGAACAAGAUCGUCCAGCUGCAGAGGAAGAUGGACGACCAGUCCAAAGAGUACAAGAGUCAGAAUGAGCAGCUGCUGCUGGUGAACACCACCCUGGGCUCGGAGGUGAACAAGCUGCAGAAGCAGCUGGAGCAGGUCCGCAGUCAGCAGAGUGACGGGGGUCAGCUGACGUCGCUGCAGGAGGAGCUGGAGAGGCUGAGGGAGGAGCUGCAGGAGGCGGCGUCCCAGAGAAAGAGGCUGGAGGAGGAGCACAGCACGGAGAAAAUGGGGCUCCAACAGAGGGUAGAGGAGCUGGAGAGAGAGAACUCCCUGCUGAAAAGUGAGAAAGAGGAGAUGAACCAAAGGAUUCUUCAGCACUCAAAGAGCUUUGAAGAGGACGGCAGCAGUGUGUCUCAGAAGGAGGCGUCUCUGCAGAAGGAGCUGGAUCAGGAGAGGCAGCGUUACCAGAAUCUUCUUAAAGAGUUUUCCAGACUGGAGCAGAGAUACGACAACCUGAAGGAGGAGGUGUCCCUGAGUAAGUUCCAACCCGGCCACAGGAGGAACCCGUCCAAUCAGAGCAGCCUGGAAUCGGACUCCAACUACCCAUCCAUCUCCACCUCAGAGGUCGGAGACACCGAGGACUCCAUUCAGCUGGUGGAGGAGAUGGGAGUGGAGAAGGCUGCGAUGGACAUCAGUCUGUUCAUGAAGCUGCAGAAGAGAGUGAGAGAGCUGGAGCAGGAGAGGAAGAGACUGCAGGCCAACGUGGACAAGAUGGAGGAGCUCGCCAAGCGCAAGGGUUCUGAGUCGAGGAGUCCCACUUCUGAGCAGGAGACUGCAGAUCUGGCCUACAACAACCUGAAGAGGCAAGAGCUGGAAACUGAGAACAAAAAACUCAAGAAUGACCUAAACGAGCUGAGGAAGGCAAUCUCUGAGCGUGCAUCUCAAAACAAUUCCUCCAAUGAACUCCAGGACAGCUACAACCUGCUGCUCAGUCAGCUCAAAUCAGCCAAUGAGGAGCUGGAUGCCCGCAAGGAGGAAGUCCUCAUUCUGAGGACUCAGAUAGUCAGCACGGCCCAGCUACUGGAGAAGAAUGAUCACAUACAGGAAAGUAAUGAUGUUCCUGAACUGAACGACAGCAAAGAGCCCAUGGACAAAGAGGAGGCUCUGAAAGCGUAUCACGGACUGUGUGAGUCCAAAAAGCUGCUGGAGGCCCAGCUGCAGACUCAGUCCAGGCAGCACAAAGACGAACUGGAAGCUCUUCACACUCAGAUCGAGCUGCUGAGAGACGACAUUGAAAAGAAGCAGGAGAUCUUGAACUACACCUCGUCUCUGUCGCCGGAGGCUAAGGUGGAGUACAGCGUCCAGCAGGAGAUCACACGGCUCACCAACGACAACCUGGACCUCAAGGAGCUGGUGGAGAAACUGGAGAAGAAUGAGAGAAAGCUGAAGAAGCAGCUCAGGAUCUACAUGAAGAAGGUCCAGGAGUUAGAAGCUGCUCAGGCUGCAGCUCAGACCACCAAGUCCAGACCCGAACUAAGCCGUCAGGUGACAGUCCAGAGGAAGGAGAAAGACUUUGAAGGAAUGCUGGAGUACUACAAGGAGGACGAAGCCCUGCUGCUCAAGACUCUAAUCUCAGACAUCAGGCCCAACACAGUGUCAGCUACUGUUCCCUGUCUGCCAGCUUAUAUUCUCUUCAUGUGCAUCCGCCACGCUGACUACAUCAACGACGACCAGAAGGUGGAGUCUCUGCUCACCUCCACCAUCAACGCCAUCAAGAAGGUCCUCAAGAAGAACAACGACGACUUUGAGAUGACGUCCUUCUGGCUGGCCAACACCAGCCGUCUCCUCCACUGUCUGAAGCAGUACAGCGGUGACGAGGUGUUCAUGACGCAGAACACAGCCAAACAGAACGAACACUGCCUGAAGAACUUCGACCUGGCAGAGUACCGACAGGUGCUGAGCGACCUCUCCAUCCAGAUCUACCAGCAGCUCAUUAAGGUGGCAGAAGGCAUCAUCCAGCCCAUGAUCGUGUCGGCCAUGUUGGAGAGCGAGAGCAUCCCCAGCCUGGCGGGGGUGAAGCCGAUGGGCUACAGGAAUCGUUCGUCCAGCAUGGACACGGACGCCGGCGGCCCCAGCAGCUACACUCUGGAGGCGCUAAUCCGCCAGCUGGGGCAGUUUCACAGCAUCAUGCAGGACCACGGCCUGGACCCCGAGAUCGUAGGUCAGGUGGUGCGACAGCUGUUCCACUGCAUCAACGCCGUCACCCUCAACAACCUGCUGCUGCGCAAAGACGUGUGCUCCUGGAGCAACGGCAUGCAGCUCAGGUACAACACCAGUCAGAUGGAGGAGUGGCUGAGAGCAAACAACCUGUUCCAGAGUAAAGCUGCAGCCACUCUGGAGCCCAUCAUCCAGGCCGCUCAGCUACUGCAGGUCAAGAAGAAGACGACUCAGGACGCCGAGGCCAUCUGCUCGCUGUGCAGCGGCCUCAGCACGCAGCAGAUUGUGAAAAUCCUGAACCUUUACACCCCUCUGAACGAGUUCGAAGAGAGAGUGACUGUGUCCUUCAUCAGAAACAUUCAGAACCGUCUUCAGGACAGAAACGAUCCUCCUCAGCUUCUGGUGGACACCAAGCAAACGUUCCCCGUCCUCUUCCCGUACACCCCGUCUGCUCUCAGCCUGGAGACGCUGCAGAUCCCCGCCUCCCUCAGCCUCGACUUCCUCGUCAGGGUCUGAGGGCUCUCAAAGACCCACAGCAGAACCAUCUGACUACACUUUAACAACAGAGACAGGCUGGACGGAGACGUGUUUACCAUCCUGCUACCAAAGUCUUCUUGAGCGGUCCCUCAGAAUGUGUCCGCAUCGUCUACUGACCCCUCGUCCCCCAGCAGAGACAGAGACAGACAGAGAGGAUCCAGUCCGUCCUCUUACUGGCAGUAAAUGUGUGGACAGAGCGUAAAGAGAGGUCAGAGGUCAGGAAGGACAAUCAGAAAGCUAAUCUUUAUAACGGAGGUCUGUGGGGACGUCCAUCACAGACACUACUUCCUGCUAACAAUCCCACAAUGCAAUGCCAAAAUCUCAGUAGACCCAACAGCCGUGUGCAGUCGUGUUUCCAUCAACGUGUUUUUAUUUGAAGUAAAGAACGAGUUCUGAGCGUUGAAGUGUUGGACCUUCCUCACAGCAAACACCAGUGUGGCAUUCAAAAAUGGGCGGGGCUUAGGAAGGGUCGAAUGGCGCCACCUACUGCGGAUCUAUCCAGCUCCUAAUAAUCACAUUUUCUUUUGCAGAUUUACUCAAAUUUCAGUUAAAAUUUGCGACGAAUGGAAACACGACUGACGAGGCGUCAACAUGGCGAUCAUUAGUAAGAAACCUCAGUAGCUUUAGCGACCUCGCUAACACUGAAGUAGAUGGACUGUCAAUCACCUCGAUACUGACAAUGUUUGUUUGUUUGUGGAAAUAAUUCAGAAUCAUUUCUGUCCAUCAGGAAGUUGUUUGAAUGUCAAAGAGUAGAUGAAGUGAGGAGGAGGAGCGCUGGGUCUGGGUUGUUAAAGGGCUGCCAAUCAUGUACAGAUAGUAAUCAAUACUUCAUUGAUCAGACUGUUUAGAAUCAGCUGCAUUCACUUUGAUUCCUCUUUUUUCUUUUCUGUGUGAAAUCAUUUUCUUCUGACUCGUGUUUUUUUUUCGUGUGAUUUGUAGCACUGUGUGGUGACUCUGAUAAAUAACUAAUAACACUGAUUAAUAACUAAUAACACUGAUUAAUAACUAAUAACACUGAUUAAUAACUACAGUACGAAUACAGUCUGACAGGUGUACUGCAGCCUUUCAUCACAUUCCUGGGCCAUUAUGGAAGCCUGAUCAAUCAUUUGCACUCGUAAACAGCGCUCAUUAAUAUUGUUGUUAUUGUUAUUAUUAUUAUUAUGAACUAUCUUUACAAACGGUAUCAAAUAAGAAACACAUGUUUUUAUGAAGUGUAACUAUAAGAAAGAAAUCCUGCUGCAGUCGUAAAGAGCUUUUAUCUUCUGUGUGGGAAAUGUUCCUCAAUCGAUAAUAUAUAUUUUAUAUUUUCACAAGAUCAAAAAUGUUCUUCAGCUGGAAACACUUUCUGUAACUUUCUGUAUUUCAAAGAAUAUAUUUUGUAACUUGGACUCAAAUGUUUUUUGUCUGAUCUUUUGUGAUUUAAGAUGUUCUGACCAUCUGAUCUUCAUCACGAAGAAUAAAAUACUGCUGUUUCCUUAAAAAUCCA